AUGGAGCCCAUCUUGGAGACCGAAGAAGGUGAGCUGCAGACAUUGCAGAGCCCGCAGACACUUCCGGUGUCCUUGGGACCACCUGGAUACACUGCUGAGUCGAGGGAGCCCCUCAGCAAUGCUGCAGGUGCAGACUUGAACGACCCUUUGGGCUUCAGUCUUUCCGAGGCGAAGGAUGUCUACGGGAGAGUGGAGGAGUGCGCGAAGCUUGUUAUGAAGCAUCAGAAUCAGGUCAAGAACCUUGAAGAGCGAGAACGCAAGAAGACUAUCGAGCUGAACGCUUCAAACCAGGAAGUGCGCCAGUUGAAGAAGCAACUUGCCGUCGUUACGGAAAGAUUGGUAAAAGCCGAAGAGAGCAUCAAGGAAGCUCGAGAGAAAUGUUUGCCUCCGGAGGAAGUGGAGCAACUCAUGAUGAGGCUUUCAGAUUUCGAGUCCCUGGCGACAGGGAGUUUCGUGCCUGACGUGUUGUCGGAUUCCGUGGGGUCUUUCUUGGCGAUGACAGGGUCCAAAUCUCGAAGUGCGCUUGGCUCUCCGUACACCCAGCUGGAUGGGAGCGAGGUGGUGCAGGCUGGCGACACGCAAGAGCUUGUGAAUACAGCCGCCCGAGCACAGGAGGCUGAGGAAGAGGCCAAGUCGACCAAGCAAAAGUAUUUGGCUGCCAUGCUGGAGGUCGAGGGCUACAAAGAAGAGGUGGACAAAGCCAAUGCAGCAGCUGAUGCAUUGAUUAAGGCAAAGGAGGAGUUGGAGGAAGAGGCAAAAUUGAUGAAGCAGAAGCUUGAUGAGGCCAUUGCGGGAGUCGAGGGCCAGAGAGAAGAGGCAGACAAAGCGAACGCAUCGGCUGACGCGAUGAAGAAGGCAAAGGAGGAGGCACAAGAGGAGGCAAAACUGAUGAAGCAGAACCUUGAUGAGGCCAUUGCUGGAGUCGAGGCCUACAAAGAUGAACUUGACAAGGCAAACACACUGGCCGCCACGAUCAAGAAGGAGCUGGACACAUUGGGCAGAGAAAAGUCUAAAGCCAAGCGUGAGGUGCAGACGGUGCAGAAUCUUUGUCAAGCCGUGCACCAGGAUUUGCUGAAGGAGCAGCGGAGGUCACGCACCCUACGUGAGGAGCUUCGACGGGCCAAGGCCGAAGGAGUUCUCAACCGUGUGGUCGACAAGCAAGUCUGCUCUGGAGGCUCUCUCCAGAACGAUGAGGUGUCGCACAAUGACAAAAGCGAUGCUGAUGCCCGGGCUUUGCACUUUGAACGUCAAGCGCAGCAGGCGCAGGCCUUGCUUGAUGACUCUCGGGCAUCUCUGCAGCAGAUGAAGGCACAUCUGAGGGCCUUGGAAAAGGAGGACAAGUCAAAGGAGCUUACUCCCGAAGCCACGACUUUGGUCCGCGAAGAAAUCGCCGCAAUGGGCUCCAGAGCUGUGGAGCUGCAGGAGCACUUGGAAGAAGAGAUGGCUAGCUUGGAUGCUGUUAUGGCCGCACACGAAGAGGUUCUGGAGGUGGUCGACAGCCUUGUCUCCGAACGGUCGGAGCUGCGGGCAAGGCUGGGACAAAGUGAAGCAGAGAUUGGCCAAAUUCGCUCAGAGCUUCAGAAUGCCACCGCCGCUGCACAAAAAGCAGAGGCAACCAAUCUGGAACUGGUGGCCACGCUGAAGGACUCCCAGCAUCAGGUGGAGGACAAGAACAAAGAACUCAUUACCGCUCAGGAGGCUUUGAAGGCAAAGCAGGCGGCGGAAGAGGAGGUCGUCAACAACCUUUCCGCGGAGCGGUCGGAUUUGCAGACCAGGCUGGAACACAGCGAAGCAGAGAUGGGCCGAAUUCGCUCCGAACUUGAGAAUGCCGCUGCUGCUGCCCAAAAAGCAGAGGCAGCCAAUUUGGAACUGGUGGCCACGCUUAAGGACUCCCAGCAUCAGGUGGAGGAGCAGAAGAAAGAACUCACUGCCAGUCUGGAGGCUUUGCAGGCCAGGCAGGCGGCGGAAGAGGAGGCCAAGCAGAGCUAUGCGACGGCCAUGCUGGAAGCCGAGGGCUCCAAAGAAGAGUUGGAGAGGGCCAGCGCAUCUGCAGAAGCAAUGCAGGAGGUCGUCAACAACCUUUCCGCGGAGCGGUCGGAUUUGCAGACCAGGCUGGAACAAAGCGAAGCAGAGAUGGGCCGAAUUCGCUCCGAACUUGAGAAUGCCGCUGCUGCUGCCCAAAAAGCAGAGGCAGCCAAUUUGGAACUGGUGGCCACGCUUAAGGACUCCCAGCAUCAGGUGGAGGAGCAGAAGAAAGAACUCACUGCCAGUCUGGAGGCUUUGCAGGCAAAGCAGGCGGCGGAAGAGGUUGGGCAGAGCCCUGCGACUGACCAGCUAGAAGUCGAGGGCUACAAAGAAGAGUUGGAGAGGGCCAACGCAUCUGCGGAAGCAAUGAAGGAGGUCGUCAACAACCUUUCCGCGGAGCGGUCGGAUUUGCAGACCAGGCUGGAACAAAGCGAAGCAGAGAUGGGCCGAAUUCGCUCCGAACUUGAGAAUGCCGCCGCUGCUGCCCAAAAAGCAGAGGUAGCCAAUUCGGAACUGGUGGCCACGCUGAAGGACUCCCAGCAUCAGGUGGAGGAGCAGAAGAAAGAACUCACUGCCAGUCUGGAGGCUUUGCAGGCCAGGCAGGCGGCGGAAGAGGAGGCCAAGCAGAGCUAUGCGACGGCCAUGCUGGAAGCCGAGGCCACAGUUUCAGCCGGUUGA